UUCUUAACACCUACUUUAUAUUUUUUGUUUACUUCUCUUUCCCUUUUGUUUACCCCACUAUACAUUCUCUGUUCUCAUGUGAGGUAUAUACCCCCCUAAGGGCUGUCAAAUGAUCAUGUUGUGAACCUUGAGUAGGAGCCAAAGAAAGAGCCUAGACCAUUAUCCAUCACAAGAGAAAAAUGAGGAGGAUCCCAACCAGUGUGUCUUCUUUUGCAAUUCACAUUCUUCUUCUUCUAGCUUCUAUUUCUAUUCCCUUCACACUAUGCCAACCCUCUUUCCCAUGGAAAGAUGGGAACGGCGAUUUGGUAGAUCAAGUGUGCAAAAAGACACCCUUUUAUGAUCUUUGCAGCUCGAUCCUUCACUCAAACCCUCUAAGUCCAAAACCUGAUCUCAAAGGGGUGGCUCUAUUAAUGGUGAACAACAUUCUUGCAAAUGCAACUGACACACUGAGUUACAUUGAGGGGCUGAUCAAGCAGACCCCAGACCGUGAGUUGGAGCAAUCCUUGGCUUUUUGUGCUGAGUCUUAUAUCCCAAUUGUCAAGUACAUUCUCCCACAAGCUGCUGAUGCCAUAAGCCAGGGUCGUUUUGGCUUUGCCAGUUACUGCAUUUCUGAUGCUCUCAAAGAAGUGAGUAGCUGUGACAAGAAAUUCUCUGGUGCUACACAAGCACCCUUAGGGGACAGAAACGACAUUGUGCAGAAGCUUGUGAAUGUAGCUUCGGCCAUAGUCAAACUACUUCUAAAGGGCUGAUUCCAUAGCUUCUAGGCAGCACUUAGUAGUUAGUACUAGUUGUAUUGUAGUACUCUUAAUGAAUAAACACAGUUAGAUGUUUCAUUUUGUAUAAUGUAUGAUGAUUCUUCACUGUAUUAAGUGUAUUGUGCACUUUGAAGCAGCUCUUUGUUGACGACCACUCUGCUUCUUCACUAACAAUUUGUGGUGUAAGAUGCAUAUGAAUGCAACUCACACAAGACAAAAACCAAACCAUCACGGAUUUUAAAAAAAUAAAAUAAACAUCACCAUUUUCUU